AGCUUAUGGGCACCGUAAAAGGCCUUUUAAUAAAAUAUAUAUAGAAACGUUAUCAACAAGUAUUAACAGUAAUAGUGUUGAAGAACUUUCAUUGUCAACAGAUAAAUUGCCUUUUUUGCAGAACACAUCGUCUGUUCAAUUAAAUCUGUUUCAAUAUUAUAGUGGACAGUUGUUCAAUCAUGAUGUUUUAAAAUGGAGAUACAUUAAUGAAGCUAUGCAUAUAGUUCUAAUGAAUGACUAUGAUUCGAACACUGGUGAUUUCUUAGUAAGUAACUUUAAUAUUCUUAUUAAUAGUUUUUUUUUACAUAUUUAUGUCAAUACAAAAUUUGUAUUUUCUGUAUUUUUUUAAUUUUGAGAGAUAUUUUCUAUUCAUUGUAUGCACUGAAUAAAAAUUUUUUUUUUUAUAUUAUUUGUUUUUUAGUGUAAUGACUUCAUUCAUAUAAGUGUGUAUAAUUCAACUUUAUCUCCAAUAUAUAAUUGUUCUUGCAAAAUAUUUUCUGUUUCAAGCGGCAAUUUAGAUGAUGCUGUUGUAGGUUUUUGUCUACAUGUUUGCUUGUUAAAAAGUCUUCUCUCUGUUUUGGAUUCAAAGCCAGUUUUAAGUGAUACACAUUACAUUAAUGUUUCUGUAGUAAACAAAGGGCUCAAGUUUUCUUCUAUUUCAGUAAUUGAAUUACCGUCGCGACUUAAUGUCAAUAAGUUUUGGCAAACCAAUCUGUGGCAAUUGUAACUGUGUAUAAAGUUUCAGGUAGUAACAAGAGAGUCAUUCAAUGGCACAACUCAUUAUGUAUGAUUAAUGAGCUCUUAAAUACUUAACAAGUGAUUCUGAAGUUUGUUGUCAUCUAAUCAAAUUUAGAGAAUGCUGGGAUUUAAGUUCUAUUAGUGGCAACUUAAAUGAUGAUUUUGAUGAUUACAUUUUACCAAUGGAUGGUAUUGAACUUCCUGACCAAAAGUGGAUUGAUGUAUUUGAUGAAGUUACUGGUCUUUGGAAAUUUGGGAUAAAUAAUCCCAGUAAACAAAAAGUUGAUCAAGACCCAUUUUCACCACAAUUUUUUUUUUUAUUAUUAUUAUUUUAGUUCACCUCUUCAAGGCCGAGAAGGCCACUACAGACGAGGAGGCUACUUAUUUGUGGCUAUAACCCUCUCUCAACUCUAUAACUCCGAAGCACGAACCUUGACGAACAAGGCCGCUGCGCGGAGAAACAAGUUGAGCGCGGUACUUCCAGGGACGUGGUGGGGAUCGAACUCGGAACCACUCGUUUAUGAAGCGAGCGCUCUACCACUACACCACUACCGCAGUUAGUGGAACAACUAAAUAUACGAAGCAGAUGGAUACAUAAUCAAUCAGUUUAUCCAUUUUUGGAUGGCAUUUGUGAAUGUGUGGCUGGAUGGACUAACAAUACUUACCCAGAAGGAAGAUUUUUUCCCAAUGGAACAUCCAGUUUAUAUACUGACAGAGGUGUUAUAUUGUUACAGGUUUUUCUUCUACGUUGUGUCAAUUUGUCAUGUGUUAGGUUUUGGGACGGUGCAGAACAUUGUGUAUAUCGAUUGUCUUCAUCUACAUGUGCUGGUUAUGACAUUGGUUGGGACUUUGUUGAUUCAGUUCAAACCAGUGGUCAAACUUUUAGUGGUUUUGUUACCAAUAUGUCCAAUAGAUACAAGCGUAUGAAUAAUGCAGUAUCGUUUAUGUCUAAUUCUGUUUUUAUUGAUUGGUUUUUUGGAUGGGCUUCUCACAUGGGGAUUGACUUCCGAGAACAAUGUACAAUGUGCGGAAACAGCAAUCAUAUUUUAGCAUGUGAUGGAACAAAACUUGGCAUUGGCUUUAAACAAACAUUUGUAAAAGCUAUAGAAACUCCUGAGAUUGAUGAAGUUCCAGAAACAACAUUCCGUAGGUUUGAUCGUUGCUUCAUCCCUAACACUAAAGAGAAAGACCCUAAAGAUUUUGCACAUGCAAGGAAAGUUAUCCGUACUAUUUGUGAAAUAAUAAAGAAUUGUGAUGAUGUUGAUAAUGUAUCAUUUUUAGCAAGUUCUAUAGAUUUUUUUAUACCUCUCUUUGCUAAGGCUGCUUUCAACAGGAUGGUUAUUGGGAAAGAGUGUACUCUGCAAGAAAGAAGAGCAGAUUUCUUUUCGUUACUUGGAACUGAUGCAUCAAUGGACUCCUUAAUUCCAUUUAGAUUCUGUUCAGAUGUAUCAUCUUUUAUGAUGUUGGUGCUGGAAAAUACUGUUUCAAUUGAGGAGCUGAAUAGUUUUGUGCAUGAAUCAAAAUAUUAUUGCCCAGAAUUGUCAUGCCUUGUGUUUACUUCUUUUAAUAAUAUUUCUAAUAUAAAGCCAUGUUAUGAUGUAGCCAUGCUUGUUGACUAUAUUGCAAAAGCAAUAAUUAACAUCCAUACUUUCAAUGAACCUAGUGCAGAUGCAAACAUAAUUGAUAACUCGUAUAAUUCAGCAAAAUUUGGUCGCGCAUAUUACUUUACCCCACACGGAUGUCAAAUUCGAAGAAUGCGUCAUUUUACUAUAGAUAAAGAAGAUCAUAAAAAAUCUGUUUUUGAUGACCAUCCUGAUGUCAACUGUGAUAAACAAUUUGCUUCUGUUUCAAAGAAAGGAACAACUUAUGCUUUUUUUUGGUUCUGUCCUGUUCAUGGGCAUUGUUAUGGUUUUCAUGUAAUACCAGGUAGCGAAGGUCGAAAAGACCCUGCUGCAUCACUAUAUACCCAUUGUCCAGAAGCCCCAAAUGAUUUAUUUUAUGACUUUGCCUGCAAUUUGUCAGAAUAUUGCAAAAACAGAGAAUCACAGUACUUUGCAAAAACUCGUUUUUUCCAUGACAUUUUUCAUGGAUAUACGCAUAAAUGUUCAAAUGUCUUUAAAUAUAGUCGUUUGACCUCCUCAUCUCUGGUAAAUACAUCAAUAUGUGAACAAUUUAACAGCUACAUUCAAAAAAUCAAACGGUCUGCAAAGCUUAUGUCUCAAGCACAUUUUAUGUUUUAUUUGCAAUUUUUUGUGCAUCUUUGGAAUAAAUCUAAACGAAUUUCAUUUCAAAGAAAGCUAAACAUUGCUCAUCAAGGAUGCAAAACAUAAGCAAUUAGUUAAUUUAAUACUAUUUAAAAUUAUUUUAUUCACACUCCUGUCUUAUAUGUAUGUUAUAGAUGUUGGAAAGUAUACUUAAAAAAUACAAAUUUAAA